AUGAACUUCCAAUCGCGCGUAUCCACAACUACCGUGCACGAACUCCUCUUCGCCGACGACUGCGCCCUGAACACCACCUCCGAAGCGGAGAUGCAACGGAGCAUGGACCUAUUCUACGCCGCCUGCGAGAACUUUGGGCUAGUCAUUAACACGCAGAAGACGGUGGUGAUGCACCAACCGCCGCCCAACUCAACCACAGCCGCCGCAAAUCAGCGUGAACGGAAAUCAACUGCAAGUGGUGGAGAACUUCCCGUAUCUGGGCAGUACCCUCUCCCACAACACCAAGAUUGAUGACGAAGUCGCCAGCAGGAUCUCGAAAGCCAGUCAAGCCUUCGGUCGUCUCCGAAACACAGUUUGGAAUCGCCAUGGUCUCCAACUGAGCACGAAGCUGAAGAUGUGCAAGGCCGUCAUCCUGCCGACGCUACUGUACGGAGCAGAGACAUGGACGGUGUACACGAGACAGGCACGCCGACUGAAUCACUUCCACCUCAGUUGUCUCCGUCGCAUCCUGAGGCUGAACUGGCAGGGCCGCAUCCCUGAAACCGAUGUGCUGGAACGGACGGGAAUCCUCAGCAUCUACGCCAUACUGAAACAAAUGCAGCUGCGCUGGAGCGGCCACCUGGUGCGCAUGGACGACGAGCGACUACCCAAACGACUCUUCUACGGAGACGUCGCGACGGGUUCUCGUCGUCAAGGAGGCCAAAUUUGCCGUUACUAGGAUACUCUGAAGUCCUCCCUGAAGCGCCUGCAAAUCAACCCGACCAACUGGGAAGAGCUCGCUCGCGAUCUUCCGACAUGGAGGAGAACAGUGAAGACGGGCGCUGCUAUCUAUGAAGCCAACCGAAUCGCCGCCGCCAAAGCGAAACGCGAAGCCCGCAAAUCACAACUUCGCCCAGUCCGCAAUGCCGCCGCACAACCGCUCCCAACGUGUCCUCGAUGUCAACGGACAUUCCGGGCACGAAUCGGACUUGUUGGACAUCUCCGAACCAACUGCACCUCUCGAACUGCUCCAGCCAUCGUCCCCCCGCCCGCCCCUUCCUCCUCUCUUCCGCCAACUAACUCUGACACUCCUUCUGCACCUCUAAUUCCAUCCUCCUCGUCCUCGUCGUCCUCCUCCCUCUCCACUGCCCCAGCGGAGGCCGUUCAGACUGCUGUCUCACACAUCACCAACACCAACACACCAACCAACAUCACCUCUCCCACCUCUCCGGAUACCACUGAUGAGGAUCAGGACUACACCUGCCCUCACUGUGACCGCACCUUCACCUCAAACAUCGGCCUGGUCGGUCACUUGCGAAUCCAUCGCACAGAGACUGGCGAACCAGUGCCUGGAGCACCAACCUACACCCACCGCACUCGCCUCCACUGCCCACAAUGCCCUCGCACCUUCACGCAUCGCAUGGGUCUAUUCGGCCACAUGUGCAUCCACGAGAGCGGAAUUGACCGCCGCCUUGACACAUCCACCCCGCCGAGCCCCACUCCCAAUCCACCACCUUGUGCACCCACUAACCACUCCCCAGCCGACAUCGACGCCACCGACCUUACCACCCCUCACUCCUCCCCUUCCGCCUCCUCUUCCUCCACCACUGCCACAACGACGGCCGCUUCGGCGUCUGUCGCCCACGACUUCACCACAGCCGAACCUUACACAACAACAGGCACAAGCCCUGCAACCUCCAUCAUCAGACGUGAGGGCCAGCACUUCAUCUGCCCUCACUGCGAUCGCACCUCCACUUCACGCAUCGGCCUGGUCGGUCACUUGCGAAUCCAUCGCACAGAGACUGGCGAACCAGUGCCUGAAGCACCAACCUACACCCACCGCACUCGCCUUCACUGCCCACACUGCCCUCGCACCUUCACGCAUCGCAUGGGUCUAUUCGGCCACAUGCGCAUCCACGAGAGCGGCAUUGACCGCAAUUCCGAUACAGCCACGACAUCCAACACGCCCAGGCCCAUCCUCGCCCCACCGUCACACGCGCCGACCACCACCACCGCCACCACCAACACCACUGCUUCCUCUACAGCUGACACCGGCACCGCCAACCUCUCAUGCCCACAUUGUCCACGCACCUUCACCUCACGCAUCGGCCUGGUGGGUCACUUGCGAAUCCAUCGCACAGAGACAGGCGAACCAGUGCCUGGAGCACCAACCUACACCCACCGCACUCGCCUUCACUACCCACACUGCCCUCGCACCUUCACGCAUCGCAUGGGUCUAUUCGGCCACAUGCGCAUCCACGACGACCUGCGGUAG